AUGUCGUCCAGAACACAAACGCGAUCUUCCACUGCUUCACCAAAUGACGGGUCACGGACUGUUACCAUUACCAAUGCGCCGCCCGUCGAAAGCUCCUCGAGCACCCCCGCCGUUGGCUCCCUCCGCCUCCGGGGUGCACGUCGCAAACCUAGGGUUGCUUGGAGCGAGGAUGUAGUUGAUAAUGAAGGCUGUGGGAAGAAGAAGAGCAAGAUCUGUUGCAUAUACCACAAACCGAGACGGUUCGACGAGUCAUCGGAUGAAGAUUCAUCGUCAGACGAGAGCGAUUCUGACGAGGGCCACUCAUGCGGAGACCCCAACCAUUCGCAUAAAGGAAAGAAUGGGAACAUCAAGAAAGCUGACUCGGACCAUUCAGAAUCGAACGCCUAUGAAUCUAUGCCAAGUAACCCGUCGAAAGACAAGGGAAGAGUAGAUAAUUGA